AUGCCGCGUUUCAUCAAUGAAAUCAGAAGAAAGGAUGGAACUAACUACCCACCAAAUACCCUUACGAAUAUUGCAGCAGGGAUUCAGCGUCAUUUAAGAGAGGAAUGCAACCGUCCUACUGUUAAUUUUCUAAAGAAAGAUGACCCCACCUUUGAUUUGUUCAGGAAAAGUUUAGAUUCAAGGAUGAAAGAAUUAACCAACAUGGGAGUGGGGACUAAAGUGAACCGAACAGACCCCGUUUUACAACAAGAUGAAGAACAGUUAAGGAAUUCUGGGGUUCUGAACCAAAACACCGCUCAAGGGCUCUCUGUGUGUUUUUUUUAUAAUUGCAAACUUUUUGCUUUUAGAGCAAACGAUGAACACCGCAAUUUGGAUGUCUCUCAAUUUUCCAUUAAUUAUGACCACGAACCUGGUUUGAAAUACUUGGAAUUUAAGGGAAGAUCCUGUAAAAAUGUCCAAGGAGGACUAAAGCACAAAAAGGUUGAAACCAAAAAUAUUCAUCAUUUUGAGCAGCCUGAAAACAAGCGUUGUGUGGUUAAAGUUUAUGAAAAAUAUCUCAGUUUGAUUCCUUAUUCUGGUGCAUUCUACAAGAGACCCGUGGAAGGAAAUGUUCUUAAAUUCAGUUCACAAGUUAUUGGUGAAGAGAAAUUGGGUGGAAUGAUGAAAAAUCUGUUUUCGGAAGCUGGAAUUAUACAACUGGAAGGAAAAUUACAAAUCAUUCGGGUAUAG